AUGCCGCGGCCCUCUUCCGUGGAUGUGGAGCAUGCGGCGCUGCAGCUGUGUCGGGAGGCGGAAGACCACAUGCGAGACCAUCACUUUACAAACCUCCGCAGCAUCAACACAGGCGCUGAGUCCGUGAAGAGCCAUUUCUCCUGUGGCGCAGAGAACGCCAAGAAAAUCCAUGAGCGUGCGGUGAAGCUUCUGCAGGAGAAGGGCUACCUGCAGUUCAAGGCCUCCAUGGGCAAGCAGGUGGCCUUCUGCAAGAAGGGGGACAUGGAGCCCGCGCGGGCGGAGGAGUUUGAGAAGACCUACAGCAAGUUUGUGGAGGUGACGAAGCGGCCCGGGGAGUCCCAGGACCGGAAAGGGGCCGGAGACAAACAGACGGCUUCCUAUGUUAACGAGUAUCUGAGCCAACAGGGCGCUUGCGCGUGA